AUGGAAGCGCACUCGCAUUCUUAGAAAGUUAUCAUGAUAGGCAAGAUAGUGAAUCUUAAAUUUACAAUUACUAGAAAGGGGUCUAGGAGGGCUACUCUGACUAGGUUUGAAUGCCAGGCUAUGAAAUAACCUCAAAUAAGUUAGAAAAUGCCUGCAAUAUACAAACAAAAUAUUCCAAACAGCCUAAAUAAAUGCUCUAUUUGCUCAAUUGAGAGCUAAACAUAUGAUAACAUGAUAGUACAAUGUCAAACUUGCUUUAGUUUUAUUCAUUGGAAAUGCUUUAACAGAGGCCAAUCAAGUGAUGUUCAAAUGGUAAGCCACUAUCAGAGUUGUGAGAGAUGUAGCUAUUAUAAUUUAUCAUCAACUAGAGAUUAUCUGAAUCCAAAUCCUGUUUAAUUUGACAAGAUUUUCAAUUUGAACAGUAACAUCAACAAUUAAUCUCAAAGUAAUAGCAGCAAUAACCAAUUGGUAGUCUCUAAUAAUUUCAAUGAAGAGGGGAGUUUAACAAGUGAUCAAAAUACUUAGUCGUCAUCUUUUGAUAGAACUAUAACUGAGCACUCUUAGUAAUCUUAGGAUAGAGGGGAAAUUGUUGGAAAGUAUAAAAGCAGAUCUCCAAGGGCUUCAAGUAGAAGAAAGAAAAAUCGGCAAAUUGUAUUAGAUGAUGGUUUAUUGAGUCCUCUAGACUUAAAAGAUAAAUAGCUUUGUAGAAUGAUAAGGAAUUAUAUCUAAGAAAUAAUUGAAAUUAUCAAUAGAGUUAAAGAUAUUCACUAAACUGUGGAGUGCUUUGACGGAUUGAUAGAGGAAUUGAAUAAAAAAUAAGCUCAAUAAAGUUAAAUUCAAGAUUAGAGCUAAAUUGAAUAGAGCAAGGAUUCAAAUUAAAAUCAAAUAGUUGAAGUUUCUAAAUAUUUUGUAGCUCAAGAGCUAGCCAGUAUUUUAAAUAUAGAUAAAUAAGCAAAAUACACAUGGGAUUAAAUAUAAGAAGCUGUUGUAAACUACUGCUAAAUAAGUAAUGUAUUUGAUAAAUUAACCAAUACAAUUUUGAUCAAUAAAAGUUAGCCCCUCUUAUCUUUGCUAAGAGGUAAAUCUAGUUUCUAGCUCUACUCUCUCCCACUCUCAGCUUUGUAGAAUUACUUCCAGAUCUUUUUGAGUCCAGCCACUCUAACUAAUGAUCUUCAACUAGAAUUACUCGAUAAUGACUCGUCUUUACAAAUUGUAGAUGAUAAUUCAGCCAAAUAGUAAUAAGAUAAAAAAUAGAAAACAUUGAUAUUCACCCAGCUAGGCUAAUGGAUUUAACUCUUUAUACAAGAUAUUUUCAACUAAAUUGAUAUAAAUUAUCAAAAUGAGAUUAUUCAAGGGUAAUUUACAAGUCAACAAUAAAGUCUUAAAUUCUAAUAAAUUAUUGCAAUUAAAGGUAUUUUAACUGAUAUAGUGUAAGAUUUCCUUUUAAUACAAUGA